AAUCAUACAAAACUUUAUGCUUGAAAUUAUCGCCGCAACAGCUUCCUAAAGUUUGGCUGUAGGAAUUUGUGUCGUUCCAUAUAAAAAUGCUGUAUGAGACGUCCUUCUUACCGUAACGACAAUAAGAACAUUUGCGAUUUUGCGAAACUGCGGUGAUGUUCCAGACAAACCGAAUGCCAACAGAAUACAUGCACGAGACUAGUUCUUGCGAGCCUCAUUGUGAAGACUGGAACAUCUCAUGGGAAUAGUCAUGUUUUCCUACAUUUCAGUCGCGGAUUUCGUGCUCCAUCGCCGUUCAUCCACGAAAUGAACACAGUUUUGUAGUCAGCAGGAGAGGUCUGCAGACUGCUGAACUGACAGACUUGACCACAAGAUGGCAGAAGCACAUUCAGCGGUUGCAUUUUCCUUCUCCAUCACGCAUGAGGGCUGGGAUGUCAACUUUGACCGGGAGGUGCUACACCUGGUCUGGCAGUCUGGCAUUCGCUCUUGGAAGAAGCGUAUUGCCAGGUUCAAGAAUAAUAUCAGGAACGGCAUAUACCCAGCCCCACUACAGAGUCUGUGGGCAAUUGUUGCAAUUUUGGCUGCAGUGCACUUCGCUAAAUAUGGGAUGGUGCACACUUGCAUCAAUGCAAUUUUGGUGCUAAUGCCAGGGUCAACAUUGCUGUGGGAGCUUCUGGCAUGUUUGCUGCUGGGCAUGGUUGUGUGGCUCGCCAUUAUCUACGCGGUUCGCUACUCACUCAAGCUGCUUCUCAUGUAUAAGGGCUGGAUGUAUGAAGAGCGAGGGAAGGGUCGUGUCAUUUCCACUCGUACCAAGAUAUGGUUCCUUUUUGUGAAAAUUCUCUCUGGUGGCAGCAGGCCUCUACUCUACAGCUACCAGGGGUCUCUUCCCCGUCUUCCCCUUCCAUCUCUGCAGGAAACAAUGAGCAGGUAUCUGAGAAGUGUUCGUCCUCUCCUCAAUGACAAAGAUUACUCCAGGAUGCAGAAGCUUGCUCAAGAGUUUCAGAAUGGAAUUGGUGCCAAACUACAGCGUUACCUUGUUCUCAAGUCCUGGUGGGCUACAAACUAUGUAUCUGAUUGGUGGGAGGAGUACGUGUACCUGCGGGGUCGUUCUCCUCUUGUGGUCAAUUCAAACUUCUACGGCAUUGAUGCUAUCUUAAUCGAUUCUGUGCGUACUCAAGCAGCACGUGCAGCCGCUGUCAUCAGCAUCUGUUUGCAGUUCCGUCGUCUUAUUGAACGCCAAGAACUGGAGCCUAUUCUGAUCCAGGGGUUGGUACCGCUGUGCUCAUGGCAGUAUGAACGUGUAUUUAACACGACCAGAGUUCCUGGAGUGGAGACAGAUCGCAUAGUUCACUACAUGGACUCGAAGCACAUAGUCGUGUACCAUAAAGGAAGAUACUUUAAGGUGUUCAUAUAUUUUCGUGGUCGCAUCCUCAGACCAUGUGAAAUUGAAGUGCAGCUUGAGCAGAUCCUGUCUGACGAAUCCUUGCCAGCGAAGGGAGAGGAAAAGUUGGCAGCCUUGACUGCAGGAGAGCGAGCAGCAUGGGCAGUAGCGCGCCAGGAAUUCUUUUUCAAAGGGCUGAAUCGUCAGUCGUUGGAUGCCAUAGAAAAGGCUGCCUUUGUUGUCGCAUUGGACGACUUUCCAUAUGAGUUCGAUGAGCAUGACCCAAGCAAGUUAGACCAUUAUGGACAAAUCCUGCUCCAUGGGAAGGGCUAUGAUCGUUGGUUUGACAAAUCCUUCACGCUCUGCAUUGGCUCCAAUGGACGGAUCGGUUUCAACGCGGAGCACUCGUGGGCUGAUGCAGCUGUCAUGUCACAUAUGUGGGAGUACAUCAUCUUGGAAGAAGAGACUUCUCUCACUGGAUACAGUGACGACGGGAGAACAAGAGGGACCCCAGAGUUCACACCUCCGGUUCCCAUAAGGUUACAGUGGAAUCUCUUACCACCUUGCAUUGUAGCAAUUGAGAAGUCAUAUCAGGUGGCAUUAAGUCUGCUGAAUGAUGUAGACUUACGAGCUUACAUGCACAGUGCAUAUGGCAAGGGUUUCAUGAAGGAGUGUCGCAUCAGUCCAGAUGCCUUUAUACAAAUGGCUCUUCAGCUGGCUUAUUACAGGGAUGCUGGUCGGUUUAGUUUGACAUAUGAAGCAUCCAUGACACGAUUGUUCCGUGAAGGAAGGACUGAGACAGUACGUCCGUGCACAAUAGAAUCAGCAGCAUGGGUCCGUGCUAUGGUUGGAAACACUGCCUCGGUGGAGGAGCGUGUGCGGUUACUGCAGAUCGCUUGCAGAGUACAUCAGAUGGCAUACCAAGAUGCCAUGUGUGGUAAGGGCAUUGACCGUCACCUGUUCUGCCUUUAUGUGGUCUCCAAGUACCUGGAGGUAGAUUCUCCAUUUCUCAAAAAAGUGCUGAGUGAACCCUGGCGACUGUCCACAUCGCAGACUCCUCAUGGACAAACGCCGAAACUGGAUUUGAAGAAGUACCCUAGAUGCAUCUCAGCAGGAGGAGGUUUCGGUCCUGUUGCAGAUGAUGGCUAUGGGGUGUCAUACAUAAUUGCAGGAGAGGACCUCAUCUUCUUCCAUAUCACUAGCAAACGAAGCUCACCCGAAACUGACUCGAGCCGCUUUGCACAGCAUAUAGAGCGGGCAUUGUCAGACAUAGAGAAUUUGUUCCUGGAAUGGAGGCGACUACAGCAGCAGAAGAAUCACAAACAUUAAUGUCACAUGUGCUUAGGGAAUUUGCAGUAGGCAUUCCACGGUUGAGCUCAGCCCCAUGACUUCUGUGUUUGAUGGGCAGUAUGCAAUAUGUUUCUGAGUCAGUAUAUCGCCCUUGUGUCUUUUUACUUAUGAUUAUUAUCAUCAUUUUAUUCACUGAGAAAUUAGUUUGGAUCUGAAAAAAUAUACAGUGUUAUGGAACCAUGCAUCAUGGUAUGUGAAAGUGGGUGCAUGGUUCUACCUUUCACAUUUGGCACUAACAAUGCAUUAUUUCACAACAAAGGUAUUAAUGUUGGUAGUUAACAUACAGACUCCGUACAGAGUACAUCUUCAGUCUGUUGCAUCUUGAAUUAUAUAUUUUAUAGUAUGUUUUGAAAUGAAAGGUUUUCUUUUUCAAUCCACGUCCUAAAUUAAUUGUUUUAUGUCCAGAUUACAACCUUGUGGGAUGUAGCACCAUGUAGUGUGGUGGGUAGGUUGCAGAACCUGCUACUGUAACGUUUUUCUUCAUUCCUCUGCCUUGAAGAUGAAGGCAAAGCAUUGGCACCUGUAUAUGAAACUGUGUGGUGUCACAUCCCAGACGACUGUAGUCCGACUUUUCACUGAUGUGAGAUGUUUGAAUUUCAUGUGGUUUUAUUUCAGUUACUGUUCAAACCUGGCACAUUUCAGGAUGAUCAGUGUUGUGGAGUGAAUUGUGCUCUGUUGUGAAAAAUUUCAAGUGACAGAGGGAAUUUGUUAAGGAGGCAUGACAAUGUAAAAAAUCUGUGUAUAUCACAGUGUGAUAUACCGGUGUGCCAGAUUAUUUAACUCUUACAAAUGUGAAUCAAUGCAAUUUCAACAUGCAACGCUCAAUGCAAUGUUUCUUGUUGACUGUUAUAUAAUCAUAUAUAUUUUUUAUUUUUAAAUAAUUCUUGAUGGUGUUGGAAGUUUUAUUUUAUAAAAGCAAUCUGGAGUUUUUGAAAAGGCAGAUUGUGUACUAAGUCAGGACAUUCCGCACAUCUGUGUUGGGACUAUUAUGCCAUUGCAAUCUGCUGCCUGUGGGAACACUACAAAUGGAAUAAAAAAUAAUUCAGUUAAAAGAAAAAAAAAACAUGACAUGAUUAACUUGAGGUAAUUUUACCACAAAACUGUAUUAUUUUAUUUCAUUUCCAUAAAUAUGUUAUUUAUAU